AUGGGUAAGUUCGAGCACGGCAAUCUACUGCUAUCUCUUAGCCAGGGACACUGGCAUGGUUACAGUCUUACAGCCGUUGCUGUUGCGCUGGGGAUAGGAGUUGCUGGGUUGUGCAGAGCGCUGAAUAGCAGUUUGGGCGUGCAAUGGUUUCUCCGGAAGUUCUCCUCCGAAUCAGAGAGGCUGUACUACACCGGAGGCCUGCAAAAUCUUGGCAACAAUUGCUUUCUCAAUGUUAUCCUGCAGGCACUUGCUAGCUGCGACCAUUUCGUCUCCUCUCUAGACGACUUACUUGGAAGUGAUGAUGUGCUACCCGAGGAACAGUCUGAAAGAAUGCCUCUUAUCCUUGCUUUAAGUUCCCUUUUAAAAGACUUGAGCACAGUUCGAGAUCAAAAAAUUGUAUUGAAUCCAGAAAGCGUAAUGCAUCCUUUGAGCUGCUAUGUUAGUCACUUCAAUUUGACCAGACAGCAGGAUGCUUCUGAAGCUUUUGUUCAUCUAUUGACAUCACUGAGGGAUGAAUUUUCCCAUUGCUAUGUACCAUAUAAGAGCUCUCUGGCAGACAUUACCAUGUUCCACUCCAAAGUAUACAAGCAAAGGGAAGGUAACCAACCUGAAUGCAAGCGCUGGAAACAAAACAUAUUCGGUCCCUUUGAUGGGACUAUUGGCAGCACAUUAUCUUGCAGAAAUUGUUCAUCUGUGCUGUCAUUGGACUUCGAGAAUUUUCACUGCUUGCCCCUCUCUCCCGUGGCUGAUAUAAAUGGAGAUAUUAUUAAUGGGUGUAGUUUGGUGGAUUGCCUGAAGCAUUUCACUGUGUUGGAGCAUCUUGACAAUUACCGUUGUGAUCAUUGUUGGCAUAAUGCUGCUGCCAAAUAUUUCUCUCUUCAAUCAGAAGUUGAUGAGGAAAAAGUUAACAAACUGCGCACCUGUGUCGACUAUGAUAGUUGCAAUUGCAAGCAUUUAUUUGGUCCAGAGAAAACAACAUGGUCAGUAUCUUCAAAAGCCACAAAGCAGUUGGCUAUCACUCGUUGUCCGAAGAUCUUGUGCAUUCAUUUGUUACGUACUUCUAUUAGUUUUGAUGGUGAACUCGUAAAGCGUCAGGGACACGUUUCUUUUCCUUUACUUCUCAAUUUAUCCCCAUUUGCAGGAGGCACAUUCACCACUGGACAGGGACCUGGACCUUCAGCUAUGAACGUGCAAAGAUAUGACACGCCGUCUCUCCAAUUCUAUCGGCAACUAAAUGCACACAUGCCCAUUAAUAUGUUUCCUACUGGUGGGAACUCAUCAAGUCAGGCACCUAAGGAUCAAGUAACAAAUGGUGGUGUCCACUCACUUAAUGAGGGAAAUGCUGAUGUGGCUUUGAGUUCUUCCUCACCAUCGCCGUCCUCAUCAAGGAUGGAGCUGUAUAGGCUAUCAGCUGUCGUUGAGCACUAUGGUGUAUGCGGAGGUGGGCAUUAUGCAGCUUACCGGAGAGUAGUGUCAACUCCUGAUGCUAAUGAUCAAGUAGGACGUCGUCGCAAGCACUGGGUUUACGUCUCAGACGACCAUGUAUCACAAGUGUCAGAGGACGAUGUUUUGGGUGCGGAAGCCACACUCCUUUUCUACGAAAGACUAUAG